CUCAAUGUGCCACAGCCGUGUGAUGUCUCAGAGCGAAUGACAGGUCUUAAUGCUGCUCGGAAUCACUAAUACAAACAGGAUUAUUCAUCGAAAAUGAAGUUCUUCUUUGCUGUGUGCAGCUGGAUAUGUCUGUCAGGAUUUGGAAUUUCAGCUACUGAUGGGACACACAUAAAUGGACGUGAAGGAGGGCAGGUCACAGUUCCCUGUACUCACAGCUGGGCUUCAACCAACAGAAAGUAUUUCUGCAGAGAUCCAUGUACAGACAGAGAUAUUCUAGUAUCAUCUGACCGGUCACCUAAUAAGAGAUUCAGUCUGAAGACUUUUCCUAGAAACGGGACGUUCACAGUGACCAUCACUGGUCUACAGGAGUCAGACUCUGGGAUUUACUGGUGUGGAGUGGACAGAGUAGGUGCAGAUACGUAUAACCGGGUCACUCUUAAAGUUUCUAAAGCAGGCAGACACACGACUCAGAGGACUCCAACACCAGUGACAAAACCCGAACCUCAAACCUCCACGAGUAGAUCAUUCAGUCCAGCACCUGAUGACAUCACAAACUCAGUUUCAUGUAAAGGUGACAUAAAACCUGUUGAAGGUCCUAUUCUACCAAAGACUUCAGAAGACCAAACAUUUUUUGAUAAAACUGGUCUUCUGCUGUGCACUGCUGUGGGUCUGACUGUGAUGCUGCUUAUAUUAGGAGUGAUUCUCUAUGUGUAUAAAAAGAAAAAGAGGAAGUCACACAGGCCCAGUGGUACAACUGCAGCUGAAGCUGAUACUGAAAGAGGCAUCACAAUAACCAAAGAGACGGCAUGUGAUUAUGAGGACAUCACAGAGACCCAACAGCGGACUCAUCCACACACACCCACCACUGUGUAUUCGGCUAUCAAUCAUCGUUCUGCAGCCAAUCAGAUUCAAGAUUCCUCCCUCUAUUCCAACCUCCCCAUCCAACCGUCCUGUAGAGACCAAACAACUGACAUGGUUACAUAUGCAUCUAUUGACCUGCGUAAAAAUCAAGGACCACAAAGCUUCAGAUCUGAAGACACUGUAACAUAUGACACUGUUGUGCUGAACACAGAAUCUUCUCACACUCAUUUCAGAACAUCGCUGGAUACCCGUCUUCUGCAGCCAGAAAUUAGAAGUUCAUCUACAGAUGAGAUUGUGACACGUGGAUACACUGGAAAAAACAUCACAGUUUCAUGUCAACACAGCUGGGCCUUAAACAACAGAAAGUAUUUCUGCAGAGAUCCAUGUGGAGACAGAGAUGUUAUAGUAUCAUCUGAUCGGUCAUCUAAAGGGAGAUUCAGUCUGAAGUAUCUUGGAAAGGGAACGUUCACAGUGACCAUCACUGAUCUACAGGAGACAGACUCUGGGAUUUACUGGUGUGGAGUGGACAGAACUUUUAAAGACACAUAUCAUAAAGUCUAUCUGACAGUAUAUAAAGCAAACACACAUCACGUUACACCUACAUCUACUGAAUUAUACACAACUCGACCGCUUCCUACACCAACACGACAACCAGAAUCUUCAUUUGCCACCUCAAGAAAACCCUCCAGAUCUUUAACCUCUGAUGACAUCACUCGCUCACCCUCAAUGACAGGUCUUCUAGUGUGCAUUGCUGUGGGUCUGACUGUGAUGUUGCUUAUAUUUGGAGUGAUUCUCUGUGUGUAUAUAAGGAGAAAGUCACACAGCUCCAGUGGUUCACCUGCAGCUGAUGCUGAUGCUGAAAGACACACCACAAUAACCACAGAGACGGCAGGUGUUUAUGAAGAAAUCACAGAGACUCAACAGUGGACUGAUCUACACACACUCAGCAUCUGUAUUCAGCUGUCAAUCAUCAUCCUGCAGCGAAACAGAUUUAAGAUUCCACCCUCUAUUCCGACCUCUCCAUCCAACCGUCCUUCAUUCAGGUGGCAACACACUGUUAAAGCUUUCUGGAGCACAAAUUAAACAACAGGAACACAUUUUGUUUGACAUAAGCAAAUGCAUUUUUAUUUGAAAUGAUUCUAGCACCGUUCCACUGCUGCAUACACGCUGACCUUUACUGUGUGUAAUCUGCAGACAUUACAUCCGUUCACACUGAUCUAGGAUCAGACUGCCUACAGCACACCCAAAAUACAUUACAUGCAAAAGCAAGAUCAAACGCUGACAUCAAAUAUGUGUGAAAUACAUACCAGUUAAACACAUGUGUUAAAAAGAGGAAGAGAUAUUGGGUCUGUUGAAAGAAGCUUGAUGAGACUAUCCGUCAGACUCACACCGGACUCAGUAUCAGACAGGUUUUAAAUUUGGAAGACAGUCCAUAAAGACUCUUUAACAAGUAUACACAGAAAAAUUA